AUGAAAACGGUAACUGGCUUUGGCAAGUGUUAUGAAAUGCUUGUUAAAGAAUUUAUUGUGAAUAUCUCUAAGGAAUGUGAUAACAAGCGGAACAAGGAAUUUAGAAAAGUAUAUGUUAGAGGAAGAUGUGUGGACUUUUCUCCUGAAAUAAUAAAUAGGUUUUUAGGCAGAAAUGAAGAAGAACAAGCUGAACUAGAAGUCUCUGACAAUGUUAUUUGCAGAGAAAUUACUGCUAAAAAAGUAAAGGAAUGGACAAGGAAAGGGAAGCUGUCUGCAAGUGCCUUGAGUGUGAAGUAUGUUGUACUUCACAUAAUUGGGGUUGUUAAUUGGGUUCCAACCAAUCACACUUCCAACAUUGCUACAGAACUUGAUGUCAAUAGCUUUUCCCUCAUUGAUCUGUGUGGUGUUAUUCUGAGUCAACACCCAAGUAUCUCAAUCAGUUUUGACAACAUCUACAAAAGGCACCCUCCUCUCUCAUUACAUUAUAGGUUGUUCAUUGGGAAACAUGUUCCAGACAUUCUCUUGACAUCUGGACAAACAUCUUCAAGGCCUACUACUAGAACAAGCAUCCUUACUGAGCUAAAAGAUACCUGCAAGACCUUGGAUGAAACUAUCAAAAGUUGUACUGAGAGGAAAAGCAAGAUUGAAAUGUUGAUAAAAUCCUUGCAUGAAGAAGAAAGAAGUUUGAAAGGUGAUGGAACAUGUGAAAAAUAG